ACUCAAUCAAUUGUCCGCGAUCAUGGUGCCCGCACGAGAAAUCCCAAUUAUGAAAAGAAAUUUGAAAACGAUCCUCGAAAUUGAGUUUGAGACCAAAGACGUGUCGAGAAAAUCAAAAUGAACCUGACGUUGAUAUGAGUACGAGAUAAUUGAGAUGAAGUUGUUGAAGACAAAUUUCAGCCCUUGAAGGAUCAGCUUCUCUGGUGCCUGUCGCUUACCGAGCGGCUCAAUGUAAAUCCGAGACGUUCCUUGAUGAACCUAAAUUUACCGUUCCUUUCUGCCCCCCUAGCACGAGACGUGAAUGGUGUCGCAGCCAGCAGAGGGAUUCAUUGUGAUCGGACGAAUGAUGCAUUCAACUGAAGCAGAAUCAGAAAUCAUAAAACUUCAGUAAGAUGUAGUUAGUUUGUGCGCGCCCGCAACAACUUCCUCCAACCUUCAUUGUCAUUCAAUUUCAUGCCGGACAUCAGACACAAAAAAAAAACAGGAGUACGAUUAGAAGAACAAGCACAUUGCUUGUUUCUGUAGUGGUUCAAAAGCGAUAACUUAACUCUAACUACCCGUAGUCAUCAACUUAAACCCAAUUUGAGUGGCUUUUUCAACACCAUAUCUACAUUCGAUUUCUUGUUCUAAAACGUAAAAAAAAAAACGAUAUAAGCGAGUGGCUCUUGUGUAUUGCUGGAGGUGCGAAGAAGAAGAUAGGAGUUGACAUAAUCAUGAGACCACAACGCAGGGAACAUUUUAGACUUUAUGCAUUCUAUGUUGCGCAAGCGCAGAAGUUGGUUGACGUUGAUGCAAGACUACGAAGCAAGUAAAGAUGUAUGAGUGGUUUAUGGUUGCAAAAAGUAUAUAGCCUAAUUUUCUAAAAAAGUAAAAAACAACCCUAAUUUUCUAACUCUCUUCGCAACCCUUAAAAAUGGUUGCGCUUUUGUCCGACCCUUACAAGGUUGACGUUUACGCACCGGAGUUUUAUCCGAUGAACAAUAACACGGUGGGGCGCGCUGCCGCCGCCGCCGCGGGAGGCGGUGGGGGUAGUUUGGGCACGCUUGGGAGCAGUAGCUCAGGAGGCACCUGGAACCCGGAGUCUUUCGAUGGUCGUGGCUCCCAUUCCUUCUGCCCUGCCGGGCAACUUGCUGCGACGUUGCAAUCCGUAGCAGUUCCUGCGGCCGGAGGAACCUUUGUCCCUCCUGGAUCGAUUGCUGUGCUCCCUCCAGGACAAGGAGCGACUACACUUGCUGCGGUUCCGCCUCUGCCGCAGGUUCUGGGUCCCGCACUCGCCCAGCAGCAGCACACGCAGUCGACUUCCACAAACGCCGCGAACAAUGCGCAGCAGCAACACGACACCUCGGAGCUACGCGGGGCGGUGCGGCGGUUGCGCCGCGGCGCGCAGGAGGUGAGCAAGUGCGGGUUGCAGGCGAACACGGCUCGCGGCGUGUUGGCGGACGGCGUGUCGCAGCUGGAAGCGGUGCUGGUUUUCCCAGACCAGAUCGCUGUUCCCGACCGCACGGGCGACGCGCUGUUGGGGAUGCUCCUGCACGAGAUCGCGGGGUUGAUGCAGGCAGUGAAGAAGUGGGAAAACGCGAACGGAAACAACACCUCUGGAGGUGGUGCUGGUGACCAGGGAGGAAACAACACGGCGUACGGGAAAAUGAACGGUAUGAAGUACAACCACCAGUGCCACUGGUUAGACCCCUACCAUCGCCUAGAUUCUGCCCUGCUAGGACGCGUGGUCAAGGUUGUCGCCGAGAUGCUUUUGCACCUGCAAUUCGUCUGCGCCGACGCCCAAACCUUGUCUCUCCGCACCAUUGCUGCCGGACUGCGUUGCUGCAACUUGGCCAGAAACUGGUGCCGUGCAGAGGCGGGCGUGAUCGGCGACUUGUGUAACGCGACGCUGUGCGAAAAGAUGUGGAGCAUGCUGUGGCUGCGGUUCUGCGAGCAAAUCGAGCGAGCGGCGGCGAAGCAAGAUGCGAGCAGCGAGCACCUGUGUCCGUUCGCGCUGCGCGACGUCGCGACCAUUGCUAUCACGCUUACCACGGCGCAAACCCAAAUGCAAAGCAAUGCAGCCGCGGCCGCUGCGGGGGCUGGACCAGCGUCUGCGUCGGCAUCGAGAAACAGUGUGGUCGCGGCUGCAACCGAGGAACACGUGGCGACAUGGAAGGCGUUGGCCGUCUUGAUCGAGACCGGCAACAAACCAGGGCACUGGGAUGUGGCGAAGGAAAACAUCAAUUCGAAGGACCUGUCGCAGCUUCUGUACGCGACCGCCAAACUUGCGCACUCCUGUCCCCAUCGGUUGACGCCGGCCACCGUGGGCAACGUCUGCCGGGUGUUGCUCCCGGCUCUGACCGCGGUGCACAAUGUACAAAAUGAUGGCUCCGCACCGACGCCACAGCAGGCUGGCGGGAAGCACAGCAAUAAGUCCGGCAAAGGCAAGGGAAAGCAGCACCAGCAACAGGAACAACAGCAAAACAACGGCAGCAUUUUGACACGCGAAGAUCUGACUAUGGUGUGCAACAGUUUGUUACUGCUGCUUGGACUGGGGAACGGCACGCCCACUUCGAUGGAAGAACAGCAGAUCGCCGCCGGGUGGGCAAACCUGAAAAGCACAGUCAUCCGCGAGAGCGGACAGCAGCUCAUUUUCAUGGCGUUGGGCCGGUCUGACUUGCGUCCCGUCGAUCGACGUCUGUGCCAGAAGCUCUCCACCGAGUUGCAACAAAGCCUCCAGAAUAAUUACAAAGUCGUCAUCCCUCCGAAGAUUGCGCCUCCGGUCGUGCCCGGGCCGGCGGCUCCUUGGACUGAUGUCAACACGCCUAUACCGACUCCGGCGAAUAAUAUGACUGGCUUCAACAUGAAAAUCAAUACCAUGAUUCAACAUGAAGCAUCGGGUCUGACGAACACAGACGCCACAGUUGCAGACGCAGAGCAACAAGAAUUGCCUUCGGGUGCAUCCUCCCAGGAUCUCGUCGUCAACAUCGACAAUAACCUCUUCAGAAUUCCCGCCUUCGCCCUGCCCGCCUUCGUUGAUACCACCACUCCGAUGCACCAGCUCCUCAAUCCCGCCCCCACGACCUUGACGGGGAAAGAUUUGGCUGCUCAAGCUGCAAAGGAAGCUAAUGCUAAUGGCGAAACCUCUAAAGAGGGCACGGGCACUAUGAGCCAAGACAUUGAGAAGCCAGCGGCAAAUGAAAAGCAUUUGACUGUUGAGGCGAACGAGAAGAGCAGGCCGACCCCUGCAACACCGCGAACAGCACAUUUUUUGGACUCGGAGAUGCCCCUGGAGUGUCUCGCCUGCGAAACUGCCGAGGAGAUCACCAGCGCCCAAAAGGGGAAGAGCCGCCCCCAUCGCUUCACGAACAACCCGGGCGCCCGGGACACCGAUGAGAUUCUGCUGACCGCAACGCCCACGCAGCACCACGGACUGCAGACGUCGCGACGCAAGUUUAAGAUCUUACAAACGCCCAAGGUGCUGCCGGGCUUGGGCCCGUCGGGGGGCAAGAAGAUGCCGGUGCGUCGCAAUUCGGCCUGUGAACCCGGGGACUGUGUGCUGACCUGUUCGAACAACACGUGCUGCGGGGAAAUCCACCGCGGCGUCACGAUUCUGAACGACCCGAAACACUUCCUGAAGGCCAACACGGAUGCGGCCGGGAACUUGAAAAUCACCGUGAACGAUGCGGGCUGCGAGCGGAAGAAGACGCGGACCACCUCGGGGGAAAAGAAGAUGAAAAUCAUGCCCCACGGAAAUAACAAUAAAAACGCAAACAACAACAAUUCCAAUCCGACAAAUAACGCGAGCAAACAGGUACUAGACCCCGCCGCUGCUGCCGCUGCGAUUCUCGCUAGUGAUGUGGAUCUUCUUCGGCAACGCAGUAAAAACCGCGACUCUGUCAGCCUGAUGAGCAACUACAGCGCCCCCACCGUCAAUUUAAACCCAGUACUAGGACAGCCUGACCAAGAGGACGAUGGCGUUCCCGGGAGUUCCUCGUCCGCACUGGACAACACGUUGAGCAGCGACGAGGCGGUCUGGUGCCGUACGCGGACCAACAGUCUGGCCACCGACAACGGUCGGAGUGCGACGCCGCAGAUGCGGGAGCGCCACGAGCACUGUCUCCGCGUGAAAAACACGUUCGUGCAUAUCGACAUGGGUUCCGUGGACCCGGACGACUGCGACAUCUGCGCCCUCAAGCGCCAGCGGGCCACCUCCUGUCUCCUGGACGAGCUCCAGGUGGCGCGCAUCAUGGAGUCCUUUCGCUGGUGCGAAAACGAGGACGGGUCCUGUGACGGUCACGUCUGCACCGACGGCUUUCCGCGACUGGAAACGACGAACAGCACGACAGAGACGAAGGUCGUGCAGGGCGUGGACGAACCGCGGCAAUCGGAGGAUGAGGAGGAAUAUCUGAGCAGCUCGACGAAAAACAAAACGCAAAGUGCAGGUGCAGAAAGGAUCUUUGUACUAGAUCCAGCAGAUGCAGCGCUUCAGCGGAUCACCAGGACAGCGACCUCGAGCAGCACGGACGGAACGAGGGAUACCGUCGCUAGCAAAGCGAAAGUAACAAGCGCACAAAAGGACGGGGUGAACGCCGAUACUAGUACUUCUGUGCCAGCAGCACCAGCAGUCGUAGUGCCUUCAGCGGCCGCUCUGCCACGAUCAUCUUCCUGCUCCGCCGCAUCGAGCUCGCCGGCGAGUUGUUCCGUCCAGGUCGACGGAAAGCAACUGCUUGUUCAGUAAUGGACUCGACGCAAAAUUACAGUGAUUUCCAGUUCUUGUUUGAUAGGAUGAAGACCAGCAGUUGUAUCUACGGGAAUGAUCCGUGGCAGCAGGACGUAGAAGUAGUUCCGCAGACGAAAGCCCGUUCAUUUCUCGGCACUGCUAGACGACUCAUCUUCACCCCGAGCGACGAGGAGGGGAAAAUCGAUUGAUAUCGAAGAUAAACUUCGCGCGCGAUGAACCGAACGCCUCAACACGCAGGAGGCAGGGAGCUGACAUUUGAUAUAUGCUUUAUUACGAAUACGACGAGAUUGUUUUGAGAGCUUCUGAAGCAGAACAACAACAAAAAGAUAUAACAUUUUUCAUGGAACUUCUUGUGCCAUCGCAACAUUCAACUUCACCGUCCUCUGGCUGACUUUUCGUUUUCGUUUUCCACAAGCCAGACAUGGAAAAUACACGAGCAUCCGCUCUGCAUCUACUCUGCUUACGUUUUUUUCAGAACGUUGACGGAAGAUGGUAGACGGACAAAUAAGCCACAGCCAGAUUUCAGGACUAUUAUGCUAGAUGAAAACUGGACGACCUCCACUAUGGUGCAGCAAUUUUGAACCAAAUUGGCAUGGCACACAUGAGUGGUAGUUCAACGAAGCAGUUGUUGCACGACCUUGACCACGAGGACUAUGCGACAACACCGACAUGCGCGUUUGGUUGUAUCUACUUUUGUACUUGUAAACAAAACUUUGACAACUACAUCAGCCUUUACGCAAUCAUGGGAAGAGCUACUAAUAGUACUCGGAAAAUCUGGUGGAGCGCUACUCAUAGCGGUACGCAUUCAUCACGACGAACUAAUGUUGUCAGCAUUAGUGACUUGCUUUACUUCCCCGCUAUAAAAGUCACUUCGCGCAUGCUAUCGUAGACCAGACGAUCAUUUCAAGUGGCUGCUUUUUGAUUUACAAAUUUUCUCCUUUUUUCGUUUCUAGUUUUAGCAGAAGCAGACCCAACAU